AUGAGUCCCUUUUCACACCCCACUACGUUUUCGUCAUCCAAAGAAGUCUCUCGUAAAACGCCUGGUAUCCCAGAAGAUGAUCGGCUUAAAACGAAAACAGACAAAGUACAGAUUGGACUAUUCACAGCAGUAAUUUUUAUGGUUGUCAUUUUAUUCACAGUGACGGUUAUUAUGUAUGUAUCGCGUCGACACAUGCGCAUUAAUACUACGGAAAUAAAUGAAAACAGAAUGGAAAUGGAAGAAAUAGGUUACUCACACGUCCGAUUACUCACACGUCCGAUUACUCACACACCGACGAUUACUCGCACGUCUCAUAAUGAGCGGUCGCGCUGUUCUUAGCUUGUCAAUUUUAUUCAAUUUGAUACAGUCUCUGUAAAUGAAAGACACAGGCGGUACAGAGCAAGACGCAGGGAUCAGGAGGACGAAAGGAACAGAGAGCUCGCGAGUUUGUGGGAAUUUUACAGUGUUAUGUUGGACAGUUUUUUUACAGCUGUCGUUUUUUUACGAGAUGACGAGAAGGUACCGCGAACACCCUGAAGCGUAUCUGGAGGAUACGAUCAUGCUGGAGGAGAUUUUGUGGGUGCUAAAUCUUCAGUGAGGGAUCGAGCAAAAACAAACGGAUCUAUUAAGAGCCACCAAAUCUUUGAAAGAAUAUCAGCGAUUCGAGAUGAAAUUGUGUGUAAAUUUAUUAUUUUAUGUAGGUGGAUUAUUUGCAAGAGAAUGGCCAAAAACAGCCUGGUGCUAUGGCGCCUUUCGUACCGCCGUUUUACAAUAGCUAUUAUCCAGAUGUUCAGCAGAACUGAAACAUUUAUAAACAUUUAACGUAUAAUUAAAAACUUUGUAUUAUCAUAAGGUUUUAUGAAUAUAUAUUUGAAACGUUUUACACUGUUUGUUCAAUUACCUGUUGCAAUGGAGCCGAUACUAGGCGAGCUUUGGGAAAAUGAUUUUGACAUGAGCACACUAUCCCAUCAUGUCAAUUAUUUGUUUGAGCAUCACGGGGCGCUGUGUAAUGAGAUGCACAUUGUUUUUAACACACUUGGCGGUUCUCAUACUUUAUGCAUAGCUUUCAGAUUAUUCAUGUGACUACAGGAAAAUUACCGCUCCAUUAACGUUCGUAGUUUAAACUAAUAAUUAUUCACGUACAUGAAAGGAGGAGAUAUUACAGUCAACAUUUAAACAGUCUACAGAAAACAGGUCUGCGAAAUGCUUUUUGUUAUGUUUUGCGUUUUACUUUUCGUGCAUGGGAGCACCCCAAUCUGUCGGGAGAGCACCAUUUUUAAAUUGCUGGAUUGUUCUGACAUGCGAGUGCAAAGUAUUGAUCACUUGGUAAUCAGCAAGAGAGAAUGGGUUGUGGUGAUUGAUUUUAAACGUAACUUUUUAGUUAGUUUCAAUGUAACAGAGCUUUUGAAUGGACUUCAACGGUAUUGAGCGGAUUUUGACGGCUGAAAUCGACGGUAAUUGGACUUUUGCAUGAAAACGACCUCAAUAUUUUAGUUAACGAAAGCAAACACAAACGCAGUAAAAAGAAACUUGAUGUAACCCAACCUUUCGACAUUGGAUGUUUAUCAACAACCUGCGGCAUGGCAAACUACAGCCUUGUUGAAUACACAGACGAAAGUUCGUAUGAUGAACAAGUUACGUCCGGUAUCGCUGUUGCUAUGGAUACACCGUCCACGCCUAAAAAAUCUUCGCAUCUAGUGCACGUAACCAUAAGAUUGCUUCGUCCGUCCGUAUGCCUAUUGUGACUGCCGUAUCAUCAAAUGUGACGCUCAAUAUCUCAGCCACCGAGACUUAGCUGUUUCAUCCAGUUGUAUGAAGAAGAAUGGGGAAACAAGGUAACUAAUCCAGCAUUGCGGAAUCUUGCUUUCAAGAAGAACAAUGCACCAGAAUUCUUGCCACUAACGAGCGACCUUCUAAACCUCUGCGAGUAUUUUGUGAAGGAGAUUAAAGACCUUACGCCCAAAGUCGAAUCUGAUCGUGUGAAAGAAAAUUGGAGGCAGCUUGUGACAGUUACGUUGACAAGACUUAUAUUGUUCAACAAGCGUAGAGGUAUGUAUUUGUAUUGUCAUCAUUUAAUUUUAUUAUUCAUUCGUUAUUCUCUUGAAGGAAGUUCUAUUUGUCUAUCGUUUUUCGCAGUAUUCCUGCAACGUGAUCAUCCAUGUUCUGAAGUGAAGAAAAUAAGGCCGGUUCACAUUAGAUGCAAACAAAGUGCCUUUAGCAGGCAUAGGUCUGUAUGUUGUAUGUUAAAAAAUGAACAACAUAUACCGCAGGCAAAAAAGAGAAGGUCACGGAUAAAAUCACUUGUGGAACGCUAGGAGUUCCAAACGCGAAAAAAGAG